AUGUCCACGCAGUUUCCAAACUUUCAACAGGACCAGUUUGACAUUUUCGAAUGGCAUCCCAAGUUCCUGUCUUGCCUUCGGUACUUCAUCGACCAUGCUCAGUAUAGCCCAGCAGUUCAAACUGUCGCCGCCUGCGUCAACAUUCUCCUCCCUUUCCAGAAAGGAAACCUACAUCCCCUAACGCCGACACGCAAUGGGCCCUCAUCUUCAUCUUCCUCCAGAGCGUCAGGCCCUGGAAGUUUACCCUUGGGAUCUACCUCAAUCUCUCUAAUUCCUUACAUUCGCCGUCUCAUAGUAACAGGUUUCGAUACACCCGCAGUUCUGCAUGGAUUCUUCGGCGACGAUUGGGUGGUUGGCAUUGGACGGGUUCACGAAAGUGAACGCAGAAACUACAUGUUUGCCGCUAAGAGCGAUACCUGGUUGAGAGUCAAAACUCAAUAUGAUAUGGACGAUGGGCAAACAGUCCCAUUCCUGAGACCGCUACAGAACGUUACCGAGGAAGAGAUACAAGCAGCUGAAUCUAACUGGAGCGAAUGGCUUGCAAUGCAAGAUUGGAUGCUUGGGCCGAGGGCUCCGCCGGAUCUCAGCGAGCAUUUUGUCACGGUUAAGAAGGAACGCGACUGA